AUGGAAUUUAGUUCAGUGGUUGAAACUCAUUACCAAUAUUUCUUUCCAACCCUUUUCGCCCUCCUAAUAUUUCUCUUUACGGUAUUGAGAAUAUGGAGGAAAACGAAGAGCAAGCCAAAUCUACCACCAGGCCCAUGGAAGCUUCCCCUAAUAGGAAGCCUGCACCAUUUAGCUGGCGCCCCCUUAACCCAUGUACGCCUAAGAGACUUAGCCAAAAAAUACGGGCCCAUUAUGCACCUUCAACUCGGCGAAGUUACAACUAUUUUCAUUACUUCACCUGAAAUUGCUAAAGAAGUCUUGAAAACCCUUGACAUCGUUCUUGCUCGAAGGCCAUUUCUGCAAGCGGUAAAACUUGUGACUUAUAAUUUUACUGACGUUGCAUUUUCACCUUAUGGAGAGUAUUGGAGACAGCUACGAAAGAUUUGCACAAUGGAGCUGUUAACUGCAAAACGCGUGCAGUCAUUUGGAUCAAUAAGACAAGAAGAAGGAUCAAAACUCAUUAGAGAUAUAUCUUCUAAUGCAGGAUCACCGAUCAACUUUAGCAAGAUUUUGACUUCUUCGGGAUAUAAAAUAAUUUCAAGAGCAGCCUUUGGUCAGGUAUGGAAUGGAGAAGAUGUAUUCUUGAAAGCUGUUAAUGAUUUGACAGAAGAAAGUGCUGGUUUUAGUCUUGUUGAUUUUUACCCUUCCAAGAAAUUUCUUCAAUUGUUUACUAGUUCAGGGCAAAAACUCCAGAGGGUUUUUCAGCAAGUAGAUACGAUAAUGCAAAACAUUAUCGACAAUCAUAGAGCUAGAAAACGAGAAGCAAAAUCUGGGGAUGAUGCUGAACUAGAAGAUUUUGUAGACGUUCUUUUGAAAGUUCAGGAACAAAAAGAUCUUGAACUCCCUUUAACAGAUGACAACAUGAAAGCAGUAAUCUUUGACAUGUUCUCAGCUGGCAGCGACUCAUCAUCUACAACUAUAAUAUGGGCAAUGUCAGAACUGGUAAAAAAUCCAACAGUUAUGGAAAAAGCACAGGCUGAAGUAAGACGAGUUUUCAGCAAAAAAGGACGCGUAGACGAAGAAGGUAUUGAGGAAUUACAUUAUUUGAAGGCGGUUGCCAAAGAAACUCUAAGAUUACAUGCUCCUGGACCUUUGCUUCUGCCAAGAGAAUGUGCAGAGAACUGCGUGAUUAACGAUUUUGACAUUCCUGCCAAAUCUAGAAUUGCCGUGAAUUUUUGGGCAAUUGGAAGAGAUCCUCAAUAUUGGACAGAACCAGAGAGAUUCAAUCCAGAGAGAUUCCUGGAUUGUCCAGUCGAUUAUAAUUAUAAAGGAACUAACUAUACAUAUUUGCCAUUUGGUUCUGGAAGGAGGAUUUGUCCAGGAAUGUCGUUUGCCAUAGCUAAUAUGGAGUUUACUCUGGCACAAAUGCUAUUCUAUUUUGAUUGGAAACUCCCAAACGGACUACCAGGAGAAAGUCUUGACAUGACUGAAAAAUUUGGAGUUACAGUAAGAAGGGAAAGUGAUCUCAUUUUAAUUCCCUUCCCAUACAUUCCUGCAUCAGUCAACUAG